UUUCCGAUGCAAAAACGCAGAUUAGUCUAAUGUUAUACAGUUCAGGGAAUAAUCGCUUAUCGCUACUUCCCGGUUCUCAUUCUCAUCCUUCCUUUCUGAUUAAUUGUGGGGAUCUUUCUUGUGAUUGAAUAAUGUCUAAACAGUGAUUUAAGUUUCCUCAUCAUGCCGCGUGUCUCGCCCGUACCGUUCAAGCGCUCCAACUCCUCCACGAAAUUCCUGAAAGCCAGUCCGCGGGUGCAGCCCGAUCCAGUGGAUCUGCGCGGCAUCCUGGCGCUGCUGCAGGACGGCAACCGGCACUCCACUAUCCGGUGCAUCCUGCAGGGGUUACCGGGGAUAGCGGUGGAGACGGUGGAGAAGCAGUUGUUUAGUGGCAUCCAGCAGGGCUUAUUGGUGCAGCAGUAUAGUACCCAGCUGGGGGAGUACGUGUAUGUCGAUGCGGAACGGCUGAGUAAGCUGCGGGACUUCCGGAUUCGCCAGGCGGAGGAGAUGCAGCGGGCGGUGGUGCUGGCCGUGCGGGAGAUGGGGGACACGGAGGGGUCGGAUCGGGGGCGGAUUGAGAAGUACAUCUCCUCCACUUUCGAAGUGGAACACCGCGAAUCGGCGGCGGUGAUGUUCGAGGCGGCUUUAUCGGCGCUGCACACUGCCGGUGUCGUCGUGUCCGUUGACAAGAAUCGCUGGCGUUGCGCGGCCCAGCAGGAUAACAUGUCUCCCGCGCGGGCCAGUGUGGCCCGGAUGAAGGUGAAUAUGGACGCCGACAUGGAGAAGCGGCGUCUGGCUACGCUGCCAAACGGAAAUGCGGGAGACGCCCAGCCCAGCGUUCCACCAGCGGAAAAGCGCCGCCCGCGCGGUAAAUCUGUUCCGCACAAACCGGCCCCGCCCACCACUUGCGGGCCGGCCCCGCAUGAACUGGACCGCUUAUCCUUCGAGGCGCCCGGCCGCUACUGGACGGCCACCACCAGCGCCACGGCCCGUCGCAAACGCGCCAGCAAAGCCGCCGAGCCCGUGGGCGGGCGCCGUAAGCGCUCCCGCCUGUCCGAUCCGGCCACGGUGAUCCCCCUGGCGCCGGCGCCGCCCGUGCCACCGACCGCCGCCCCGGGUGCCGGCCAAGGCAGCCGGGAGGCGGAGGCCCUGGGCGGGGAGCCGCACGCGCCGGAAGCGGGACCGGAAGUGGCGGCGGAGGUGGAGGUGUUCGAUUCGCAGGAUCAUCCCGUGCUGGAGACCUUCCAUCUCUUCCCGGUGGACGCCGCGCCCGCAGGUAGCGGCGGGGCGCGGGAAGUGUUGGCUAUCCGUGAGGAAGCGACGACGGAGGAGCUGAUUACGCUGGCGCAGGACGGACUGGCCGGACCGCCGUCGGAUAAUCCCGUGGGGGAUGACGAGGAAGAGGCCCUGCCGGUGGAAUUGCAGAAAUUCGGUCUGGCUGACGACGCGGUGGCCUUCCUCCGCGAAGCCGCCCGCCGCUCUAACCUGCCGCUGCAGUAUUUCACGCCCUUCUUCUCGGAGACGCACAUCAAGAGCGCCGAGGCCAUUCUCUGCGUGGUCGACUGUAUUCAGGACGCGUUGGACGUGCAGAAAGCGACAAGCAGCGCCAAUCAGUCCGUCUGAAUUCGCCCGGGAUCUCCUUCCAUCGCGUCGUCGGUGCCAAUACUCAUCUGGAAUCUUUCGCGCAUGAUUUUUGCGAUAUCUUCUGUUCCUCGCGUAUUUACGUUGUGGCUGGAAUAAUCUCUAUCUAAUGCCGUUGCUCACGCGCUUACUGACAUUUUUUCUCUAGUUUCUGUUGAUUUUUUAAUGGAAUCUCGCGGAGUGUUCCUGGUUAUACUGCAGCGAAGGCUCGGUUUUAUUGCCGGAAGAUACAGUGCGCUACAGCUUUUGAUAUUAUUAUCUCGUUUUUAUAAGCGGUGAUUUAAUUCCGUUUUCUUUUCUUGGUUAAUUUUAUGCUGCGGAAUUGUUGUCGGAAUUGUUGUUUACGUUUUUAUUGAGUAAGAAAACAGGAAUGAGCCCCAAAAUAUUUUGAUCGCUUUGUCGAUGUGGUUGUAUUUGUAUUUUGUACGUAGUUGUCGCAAGAAAAAGAAAUCAAAUAAAGCAGAUAA